AUGUGGCCUUGUGUCCCAGUGUUAUGUGGCCUUGUGUCCCAGUUAUGUGGCCCCGUGUUCCGGUGUUAUGUGGCCCGUGUUCCGUUAUGUGGCCCCGUGUUCCGGUGUUAUGUGGCCCGUGUUCCGGUGUUAUGUGGCCCUGUGUUCCGGUGUUAUGUGGCCCCGUGUUCUGCGUUAUGUGGCCUCGUGUCCCAGUGUUAUGUGGCCUCGUGUCCCAGUGUUAUGUGGCCCCGUGUUCCGGUGUUAUGUGGCCCCGUGUUCCGGUGUUAUGUGGCCCCGUGUUCCGGGUGUUAUGUGGCUCGUGUCCCAGUGUUAUGUGGCCUCGUGUCCCAGUGUUAUGUGGCCUCGUGUCCCAGUGUUAUGUGGCCCCGUGUUCCGGUGUUAUGUGGCCCGUGUUCCGGUGUUAUGUGGCCCCGUGUUCCGGUGUUAUGUGGCCCCGUGUUCCGGUGUUAUGUGGCCCUGUGUUCCGGUGUUAUGUGGCCCCGUGUUCCAGUGCUAUGGCCUGUGUCCCAGUGUUAUGUGGCUCGUGUCCCAGUGUUAUGUGGCCCCGUGUUCCGGUGUGCCCCGUGUUCCGGUGUUAAUGUGGCCUCGUGUCCCAGUGUUAUGUGGCCUCGUGUCCCAGUGUUAUGUGGCCUCGUGUCCCAGUGUUAUGUGGCCCCGUGUUCCGGUGUUAUGUGGCCCCGUGUUCCGGUGUUAUGUGGCCCCGUGUUCCGGUGUUAUGUGGCCCUGUGUUCCGGUGUUAUGUGGCCCUGUUCCAGUGCUAUGGCCUCGUGUCCCAGUGUUAUGUGGCCUCGUGUCCCAGUAUGUGGCCCCGUGUUCCGUGUUAUUGUGGCCCCUGUUCCGGUGUUAUGGCCUCGUGUCCCAGUGUUAUGUGGCCUCGUGUCCCAGUGUUAUGUGGCCUCGUGUCCCCAGUGUUAUGUGGCCUGUGUCCCAGUGUUAUGUAGCCUCGUGUCCAAUGUUGUGUAG